GGCUCAUGACCACUACGCAGACAGCAGUAGCCAGCUGUCCAGGGUCCCCACAGCCUUGUCCUUUCCAGACAGCCCCUCCUCAGGGCUCAGGGACCUGUCUGGCUGCUGAGCUCCCAGGAGGUCCCAGGGGUGUGACCUCCCUCCCUGCCCCCUCCCACCCCCAGCCCAGCCCAGGGCCUGCUAUAAAGCUAGCCCGGCCCUGGCUCUCAGCACACCCAGCCGGGCCCCACACCCUCCUGCGGCCUCCUCAGGGGACACACAGCCCCCCGUUCCUCACUGCCAUGUGCCCCCUGUGGCUCUGCUGGGCGCUCUGGGUGCUGCCCCUGGCCGGCCCCGGGGCGGCCCUGAGCGAGGAGCAGCUCCUGGGCCGCCUGCUGCAGCGGCUGCAGCUCCGCGAGGCGCCCGUGCUGGACAGGGCGGACGUGGAGGGGCUGGCCGUCCCUGCCCACGUGCGCGCCCAGUACGUGGCCCUGCUGCAGCGCAGCCGCGGGGACCGCUCCCGCGGGAAGAGGUUCAGCCAGAACUUCCGAGAGGUGGCCGGCAGGUUCCUGGGGUCCGAGGCCGACACACACCUGCUGGUGUUCGGCAUGGAGCAGCGGCUGCCGCCCAACAGCGAGCUGGUGCAGGCCGCGCUGCGGCUCUUCCAGGAGCCGGUCCCCGCGGCCGCGCUGCACAGGCUGUCCCCGCGCGGCGCCCAGGCCCUGGUCACCGUCGAGUGGCUGCGCGUCCGCGACGACGGCUCCAACCGCACCUCGCUCGUCGACUCCAGGCUGGUGUCCGUCCACGAGAGCGGCUGGAAGACCUUCGACGUGACCGAGGCCGUGAACUUCUGGCAGCAGCUGAGCCGGCCCCGGCAGCCGCUGCUGCUGCAGGUGUCGGUGCAGAGGGAGCGCCUGGGCCCGCAGCCCUCGGGCGCCCACAGGCUGGUGCGCUUCGCCUGGCAGGGGGCGCGGGGCGCGGGGCACGGCGAGCCCCGGCUGGAGCUGCACACCCUGGACCUCAGCGACUACGGAGCUCAAGGCGACUGUGACCCUGAGACGCCAGUGACCGAGGGCACCCGCUGCUGCCGCCAAGAGAUGUACGUUGACCUGCAGGGGAUGAAGUGGGCCGAGAACUGGGUCCUGGAGCCCCCAGGCUUCCUGGCCUACGAGUGUGUGGGCACCUGCCUGCAGCCCCCGGGUCCCCUGGCCGCCCAGUGGCCGUUUCUGGGGCCACGGCAGUGCAUCCCCUCGGAGAUGGCCUCGCUGCCCGUGAUCGUCAGUGUCAGAGAGGGAGGCAGGACCAGGCCCCAGGUGGUCAGCCUGCCCAACAUGAGGGUGCAGAAGUGCAGCUGCGCCUCAGAUGGGGCACUCAUGCCAAGGAGGCUUGAGCCGUAGGCGCCCGGUGCAGCCACCGAGGGAUUUUGCUUCUGUGAGUGUCUUAAUUGUUCUAGGGCACCCAGGAGAGCUGAGGGCUACUGAACUGCUGGUGGGCACAUGCUCUCUGCUCCCAACUUGAUCUUGAUUUGCUUCCUCUGGCAAGUUAGCUCACCCAAUUUUUCCUCCCCAGGAGUGAGACUCCUCCACCACUGGAAGCCCUAGCCCAGUCUUCUCUGUUUGUAUUAUUCCUUGCACUAUAUCCUAAGCACUUACAUGUUGAGAUGCUGAACCUAAGGGCAGAAACCACAACUUGUCAUCGUUUCCCUGUGCUGUCACUGGAUCUGGGCUGAGCUCUAGCCACUACUCUGGGCCUAAGACCUGGGGUCAAGUGUGGGUUUACAGUCUCACCCCAGAUAACAAGGGCUUUGCAAGACAUGAUUAAAACACAUUUGAUUGUGUAAUUUUGUAAUCUUCUAUUUUAACCAAAGCUCUGCAAAUUGAGGAAGUGGAAAGUUCUCUAGGGAUUAGGUCAACCUGAUUGUAAAACAAAGGAAAGAGCUUGACUUGGCCAAGACUUGGUGAGGGUCUUGGUUAAGUAAUACAGGUCGUUAGGACUGAAAUGCACUCAGAUUCUUGUAUCUGUAGUGCCUGUCCUCUCAGAUUUAUCCGUUUGUUGUUAUUGUUGUUGACAUUUUGACUUUUCCUGGCAUAGUGAUUAGGCUUUAGUUCAAUUCUACCUGCAUCAAAAUAAAGAAAAAA